GGUGAUGCUGAGUGACAGACAGGGGGAGAGAGAGAGAGAUCCUCCACCGGAGCAGGAAGCUGCUGCCGGGACUACCGAGAAGACAGAGGAGCACAAAACAACGUCGACAACAGCGGGCAGGCAGUGGGGUGUCCUCCAUAAUGUAGACCAAACAGAGCAGCGACAGCCGUGUGCCACAUCUACCGAAGAACACGAACAGAUGUCGAGGGUGCAGUGGUGAAAACAAAAGCACAGCGGGCCGUAUUUCUGCAUGGUGAAAAUGAAGGAGCUGAAGGGCUGCGGUAUGCGCUCCUCAGUGGGCUUUCUGUCCCGCAGAGAGCUGACUGGGCAGCCGCUCAUGAAGGAUGAAUUCCAGAGGCGCAGGAUGGCAGGCUGCACCAGCCUCUACAAGAAGGAUAUGCUCGGACAUUUCGGCUGUGUCAACGCCAUUGAGUUCUCCAACAACGGCGGAGAGUGGCUCGUGUCCGGAGGAGAUGACCGCCGGGUGCUCCUGUGGCACAUGGAGCAAGCCAUCCAUGCUCGGUCCAAGCCUGUGAAACUGAAGGGCGAGCACCUGUCCAACAUCUUCUGCCUGGCCUUUGACAGUACCAACAGAAAGGUCUUCUCCGGUGGAAAUGAUGAACAGGUGAUUCUUCACGAUGUGGAGAGAAGGGAAACUGUGAACGUGUUCCUGCAUAUCGAUGCCGUGUACAGCUUGUCUGUCAGCCCGGUCAAUGACAACGUGUUUGCCAGCUCAUCUGACGACGGACGAGUUCUUAUCUGGGACACCCGCGAGCCGCCAAGUGCAGAGCCGUUCUGUCUGGCCAGCUACCCCUCAGCCUUCCACAGUGUGAUGUUUAACCCUGUGGAGCCCAGGCUGAUCGCCACAGCCAACUCCAAGGAGGGAGUUGGAUUAUGGGACAUCCGCAAGCCACGCAGCUCAUUGCUGCGUUAUGGAGGCAGCAUGUCCCUGCAGAGCGCCAUGAGUGUUCGCUUCAACAGCACCGGCACCCAGCUGCUGGCACUGCGUCGCCGCCUGCCGCCCGUCCUCUACGAGCUGCACUCGCGCCUGCCCAGCUUCCAGUUUGACAACCAGGGCUACUUCAACUCCUGCACCAUGAAAAGCUGCUGCUUUGCUGGGGACAAAGAUCAGUACAUCUUGUCUGGGUCAGAUGACUUCAACCUCUACAUGUGGAAAAUCCCAAAGGAUCCAGAAGCAGGAGGCCCUGGUCGUGUGGUAAAUGGGGCUUUCAUGGUCCUGAAGGGUCAUCGCUCCAUAGUGAACCAGGUUCGCUUCAACCCCCACACCUACAUGAUCUGUUCCUCUGGCGUGGAGAAAGUCAUCAAGGUGUGGAGUCCCUACCAGCAGCCCGACAGUCUAGGUGACCUGGAGGGGCGCGUGGAGGACAAGUCACGCAGCCUCUACACCCACGAGGAGUACAUCAGCCUGGUGCUCAACAGCGGCAGUGGUCUGUCCCACGACUACGUCAGCCAGUCCAUCCAGGAGGAUCCACGCAUGAUGGCUUUCUUUGACUCUUUGGUGCGUCGAGAGAUCGAGGGCUGGAGCUCCGAUUCUGAUAGUGACCUGAGCGAGGAGGCCAUCAUGCAGCUCCACGCCAGAGGACGCCGCUCUAUGAGGGCCACACCAACAGCUCCCACCACUGUCUCGGCUGCUGGUCACCACAGUGACUCUGAUAACUCGACGUCCUCCUCUCUGGCUGGACCUGAUGCCUCAGGAGGGGAAGAGCAAGCUGGAGCGGAGGUGGAGGGGCAGCCGAGGAGACGAAGCAGGCAUCAGCGGCAUCAGUCUGGCUUCCUUGUGAACGAGGACUCGGACUCGAGUGAGUUUUGGCUCGACCCCAUGCCCCGGCCUCGCUCCCCAAGCCCCAGGGACAACUCCACGCUGUCCAGCCCCACCUCCUCUCCUUCACUUCCUGCCGAAGCCUCCAGCUCGUCCACAUCCACUUCCAGCUCCAGCAGUGACGACGAGGAGCGCCGUAGUGCAGUGAGGCGGCGCAACGUCAUGAGGCGCCGACGCAUGCAUGUAGUCUCCAGAGCUGGGGAACGACCCGAGUCUGUACAGGCUCUGUUUUCAGCCAUCGAUUCCUGCAGUUAUCCAUCGAUAUCAGUCGAUGACCUGUCUUCCUCCUCAUCAGCCGAGGAACAAAACUCUCUCCAAAUCAAGUCCUGCACUGGCGGCACCAGAGAUGAGGGAAAAUGUCUGAGCCCUUCUGACUUUGUGUGUCUGAGCCCAGUAAUGUCCCCCGAGAGCCAAGAGAAUGAGGAAGGGAGUGACAGGACUGAGCUGGAAGGACAUCCAGCUGCAUCUCCGCGGUCACUGGUUGGACACAGGACUGACGAAAAGGCUUCUACAGAGCCGGCUUUAGACAGCUCUGAUAGCGGAGAGGCUUGUAGCAGCUCGGGGGCUUUAGACAGUAACUUCCAGAGCCGACGUAGCCCUGGAGUGAAUGGGCAGCACCGGACUUUGGCACCAUAUGUGAGUGAGAACCUCCAUGUCUCCUCAGAAUCAGAGGAAGAGACUGGCGUUACACCUGAAAACACAAGGCCACAGAGAGAAAAAGGCCUGGCACAGAGUGCACUGAAACGGACUCAUGUGGGAUCAGAGGAGGCUGAGUCAGGCUCCUCACCCUCAGAAAAGAAGUUAAAAACAUAAUGACAUCUCUUUCUCAUUCCGGGAAGAAGUUAUUUGUUAACAGACUUAAUUUAGGAAGUGGGUUUUCUAUGGGUUUUUACAACUCAGCUUUUUCAUUUUGCGUCUUGUAGUCAUGUGACACAUAUGAACUCACGCUGAUUAUGAGCAGAAAACGUUAAGGAACUAAAAAAGAAAGUGAGGUUAAUUUUUGUUUCCGAACAAAUGAAUUGGACAAUGUCAUCAUUCAUUCAGUCAAACCAUAGAUGACAUUAAAAAAUGGAAAAUAUAAAAUGUGAGCUAAAUAUUGUUGAUAACAAUGGUAUUUUAAGUGAAACGCAUUUGUUUUCAUGCAGAAUCCGUGUUUCUUUCUCAUGCUCUGGUUGUUGCAGAAAGCACCACCCAGGAUUUGGAGCUCCUCCAACCAUAACAAAAAGAAAAGGCCUCACGGAGGACAAAAGCUUUGCAGCAUUUUAAUUUCUAAGCUUUCACACUGAGCGUAAAUCUGAUUGGGCUUAUUUUCAUUUUAAAGUGAUUCUCGGCUGAGACUGCUUCAGGGUGUCUGAAGGAUUGACUGUGUCUCCAUAGAAAUCUUAAGGAGCACCAAUUGUUUAAGCUGUGCAUUGAAAUGAUGCUUUCAGUGUCUCUACCAGUUGUUUUUUGUGUCAUUAUCCAGCCCCUGGGUGCCAUUACAAGCCAGCGCUUGCUUUUGUUUUCCUGCAAUUAAAGAAUAAUUUGUUCUCCAGUGAUAAUGCCA